AUGGCAUCCAAACCCACAACCAGUUCUUCUUCCGCCGCAAUCACAAUCUUCAGACCGGGAACAUUAGUUGAAAUCAGCAACGAUGUAGAAGGAUACUACGGUUCAUGGUUUACCGGAAAGAUUGUCUGUUGUCUCCACCACCACAAGUUUGUUGUGGAGUAUGAUAAAAUAAUGGUGGAUGAGGAGGGAACAAUGGGAGUCCAAGAAACUGUGAACCUUUCCCAGCUCCGUCCAAUUCCUCCGAAGGAGAUCAUCCAGGAUCUCCAAGUUGGGGACGAAGUUGAUGCUUAUGAUAGAGACGGAUGGUGGGAGGGUCGCAUCUCUGGCAACUUUGAAAACGGUAUGUGGGCAGUUUAUUUUAAAGACUGGUCGGAGCAGCUAGCGUACCCGGAAGAUGAACUGAGGCGGCACCAUAAUUGGGUCAAUGGAAGUUGGAUCCCACCAUUUCCACAACAGGAUGAUGAUAGUAAAAUAAAAGAAACGGAGAGGGUGAACGCUGCUGAAACUGUGACUGGAGACAAGGAUGAGUUCAAGUUUGAACCAGGGACCUUGGUUGAGGUGUGUAGUAAGGAAGAUGGUUUCCAGGGGGCUUGGUUUUGUGCAACCCUUAUUGAGCCAAAGGCAGGAUUGAAGUUUGUCGUCGAGUAUGAAAGUUUUGUUGAUGAUGAUGAUAAUUAUAAGCUUUUGAGAGAGGAAAUCAAUAUGCAUCAGAUUAGGCCUCGUCCACCGAAAACUGAUGAUGGAUAUCAGUUUCAGUUUCUUGAUGAAGUUGAUGCUUACUACAAUGAUGGUUGGUGGGUUGGGGUUGUUUCUAAUGUUCUUGGAGACUCGAAAUAUAUUGUGUAUUUCAGGAACUCUAAUGAAAAAAUGGAGUUUCAACGUUCGGAGUUGAGGGUACAUCAGGAAUGGGAGGGUACCAAAUGGGCAAUGGCUUCUAAGGUAUGA